AUUGUUAAAAAGCAUUGACUGCUGUUUUAUUAUGCAGAAAACAAAGGACUUUCGAACGUGAGGCACAAUUAACUGAAUCCUCAUCUGCUUCAUACACAUGGCCGACGACAACACUGAAUCAGAAUAUGUAAGACUACUUAGCAGUGAUGACUUUGAAUUUAUUAUACAUCGUGAAGCUGCCAUGCGUUCAGGAACCAUUCGAAAUAUGUUGAGUGGGCCAGUCCAAUUCAGGGAAUCAGUAGACAACGUUAUCACUUUCAGAGAUAUAAAAGGAGCUAUUUUGGAGGUUGUUUGUCGAUAUUUAUAUUUUAGAUGGAAAUAUGAAGGCUCGACCACAGAGAUACCCGAAUUUAAAAUCGAUACUGAAUUAGUACUAGAAGUAUUAAUGGCUGCCGACUUCUUGGAAUGUUGAGAAUAAAAACAUUUAAAAUUGUUAUUAGACAAAUUAUCGAUAAUAAAACAUACGCUUAUUUAUUCUUAUGAACA